GACAUGCAUAAAUGAUUGGAUUAAACAUGCAGAUUUCCCACAACGGGGGUCAUUUAAUAUUGCAGUACUAAAAAGGAUUGAAGACAAAAUAAAAGAACAAGAAAAUAAAUUAGAAACAAAAAAGACGGUCAAACAAAAAGAACUAUUGGGAAUACGGAGACAACGGGCGUGCCUUAAAUGUUGGAAAGAUGAAGCUGAGAGACGGCAAAGAAAACAAAAUAGUAGACGGUUGGCUGGGAGACUGGAUGUGACAGGAAGCGUGUGUGGUCGUGAAGACAAUUGCUCUGUCCCCUCCGCUUCUGUCCCUAAUGUCCAGACUGACUCUGGCGUUUCUGCAACACACAUAUGCACACACACUAGAGAGAAAACACCUCCUCCAUACAAAGCUUCUGAAAAACAGGAUUUGUCUAAUAACCCUUCUUCCUCUUCUACUUCCAUGUAUCCUGAUCUGAGCGCCCUCACAAGCGUGAUGGACCACGACCUCGACUCGUACGCCUUUGGCCCGGGGCAACCACAAACCAAACCACAACCCCAGCAUGUGAGCAGCGGCAGCCACCCAGACGACACAUCUUCUGAGGCGGGGGGGGGUCUGCAUCAACAUAGGCCCCCACGCAGCGGGCAGCCUUAAAGACUGACGGGUCGCUCCUACGAACUGAGACAAGACAUCAAACCUCCUGUCCGCUACACGGACAUCAGUGCCCCGAUGGUUGAAGUUAUGGGCCCGAAUAGACGAGACCUGGUUUUCAGGGCCUGGACACCACAGGACAUUGAAGAGAACGCUAAGUCUCUCCCUGAUCCCACCCUGUGUGGUGAGAAGUUUGCCACUGCUUUCACUGACUUCGGCAAGGAACUGCAUCCAACGGGCGCUGAGAUUCGCAGGGUUCUCGCACGCAAACUAAGAGCAACUGAACUGGCAAAGAUUCAUAACAAACUGCCUGAAAUGGGACUGCGAGUUCUUAACCCAGAUUGGGAUCAUGCGGACAAUCAAGGGUUCGUGAAUGCAGUCAACGGCCUGGCCGAAGAAAUUAAGAAGACUUUCCCCACAAAAAUCAACAUGACAAGCAUCUACACCUGCAAGCGGAAGGCUGACGAGUCCACAGACGACUUCAUCGAAAGGGUGAUAGAGUGUGUCACACGUCACAGUGGACAGGCAAAACCUUCCACACUGGGGGUGGACGGUAACAUCACAGUUUGGGAAGCCCUGGUUUGUGAUUCGGUCAUUAAAGGACUUCUCCCACAAGUUGCCGAGGCAUUCAAAGCAGCCUACGUGGGGUGGGCUGAGGAACCAAAACUGUCUGAAGUCCGGAAACACACCAGACAUGCAGCCAGUCUGGUAGAUGAGCAAAAAAGAACAAAAAAGGACAAGACUGAGAAAAAACUGCAUCUGGCUGCCAUCUCCACGUAUCAAUACAUCGGCAGAGGAGAAAGAGACCAAAAAGGGAGAGGCAGAGGAGGAAGAAACCGAGAGAUCCUGGCCAGAACAGGGGAACCCGGGGCAAGAGGAUGUCUGUCAUCGCUGUGGGAAAAGAGGCCAUUGGUGGAGGGACUGUCGGGUUCAUAAGGGUCGCCCUUCGUGGCGUCAGGAAGCAGAUUGACGCUGUAAGCCGAAGGGGGGCGAGCCGUCACGCUUGUGGGGUCAACAGAUUGGAUCCACAAGGAGUGAGACCAGGAGACUGGGUGUUAACUGGGCGAGCCAAAGGUGGGAAGGACCAUCCCAAGAGCUCCUGACCACACCAACAGCUGUAAAGAUCGCUGAAAGACCUUCCUGGAUUCACCUCAGCCACUGUAAGUUACAGAGAGUGUUAAGUACCUAAAGGUUGGAACAGUGCAGUCCGAUUUACAAAGGGAUUUGGUUUUUUAGGACCACUAGUCUCAACGUCGGUGAAGAAAUCAACUGAUCCCUGUUCUUUAGAGUCCUGGGUAAAAUGAACAUCUCUGCUAACCUAGCAAAAAUGGGAUUCCCAUGUAGAUGGGACUUCUUUUGCGUUGUGGCUGUGCGUGCAUUAUCUGUUUCAGUGCAGAUCCGCUGAGUGAGAGAGGAAAGAGGUUCAUCCACUCCGCUGCCAUGAAGAUUUGGCUGGGUGAUAUCCCAAACCACCAUGUUGACAACUUAUGGGAAACGUUUGCAAGAACUGUAAUCCAGCAGCAUAACAAGACUGAUUGCUACGUGUGUUCU